AAAGUGAGUUGAAGAUGGAUGGACUAUUGAAAAUGAUAUUUUUUGAUAUAUUUUAACUGUUAAAAGUUUUGGUUUUCUUUUCUUUUAACAAAAUUGUUUUCCAAAAUAAUCCAUUAUCUUUAUUAUUCUAAUUUUUAUUUUCAUUUUUUUUUUUUCAGUGAACAUGAAAGAUAUAAGAAAGUGACGUGGAAACAAGUGCGAGUCGGGGACCUGGUGCACCUGUCGAACAAUGAAGUCGUUCCGGCGGAUGUGCUGCUCCUUCGCUCUAGUGAUGAAUAUGGUACCUGCUACUUAGAUACUUGUAAUCUUGACGGUGAGAGCAACCUCAAGAUGAGAAAUGUUCCUCAGGGCUUUGUAGAAAAGCAAAUGUUAUUUAGUCCUCGACAAUUUCGUAGCAUUGUUGAAGUCGAUCCACCGACAACAAAGUUGUAUCAGUUCCACGGCGCAAUAGUGGAUCCUAGUGGAGGCCGAACUCCAAUUUCCACUGUUCAUCUUCUUCUAAGAGACUCUGUAAUCAAAAAUACUGAUUUUGUUGAAGGAAUAGUCGUUUAUACAGGGCACGAAACUAAAGCUAUGCUUAACAGCAAUGGCCCUCGCUAUAAAAGAUCAUCAUUAGAGAAAAAAUUGAAUGCAGAUGUGGUAUGGAGCGCUGGAAUAUUAUUAGUGCUUUGUUUGAUCGGCUCAUUAGGAGCAAGGUUUUGGCUCAGUUCCUUUAAGGACCACACAAAAGUCCUUUUUAUUGUCGGACCAGCUUCUAUUUCUUUGGAGUCCUUUCUCACCUUCUGGACAUUCAUCAUUAGCCUUCAGAUAAUGAUUCCUAUGUCACUCUAUGUUACUAUCGAAAUGACAAAAUUACUUCAAGUGUUUCACAUUAACAACAAUAUUGAUUUAUAUGAUCCAAAUACAAAUCGGAGAACCGAAUGUCGAGCUCUUAACAUCACUGAACAAUUAGGCCAGAUUCAAUACCUUUUCUCAGAUAAAACCGGUACUUUAACUGAAAACAAAAUGGUUUUUAGGAGAUGUACAAUAGCUGCAGUUGAUUAUAAUCAUUCAUUGUCUAAAACGUCUAAAGAAGAAAAUCCAAACAUGCAUAUCAAUCCUAACCCUAAACUUUUAGAACUGCUGAAUGAAGAACAUACAGAUCAAUCGCGAAAAGCUAAGGAGUUCCUUUUGGCUCUUACGAUUUGUAACACUGUAGUAGUUGCUGCUCAUCCUCAUCAUGAUAUAAUGAAUUCCAGUGGGGUGAUCGAGGGUGACAAAUUACCGCCCUUACCGAGUGUGGAAGAUAUCGGAGGGAUGCAGUAUAGAAGGCUUGUUGAAACCAGAUCUAUAACUCCUUCUCCUACUACAAUACCUAUCGAGGAACCUUAUCAGUUACAGGAGCUAAGACCAGUUUCAACGCCUUCUACGACAAAAAUAAAAGCUCUUCCAACAUUAUCUCCUAUUUCUUCGGCAGAUAGCUCGCCUACUUCUCAACCAAAGUCGUUUCCAUUAAGACCAAAACUUCUAAAUGUGCCUUCUGUAUUCUUUUCUAAAAAAAAUAAAAAUGGCGUUUCUCCGAAGUCACCAUCAUCGAAGCCAAUAUUUGAAGCUGAAAGCCCAGAUGAACUCGCGCUUGUUCAGAUGGCUUAUAUUUAUAAUUGUAAACUCCUUAAAAGGACUCCAUCUAAGGCAAUAGUCUCCCUUCCAGGAGAAUGUAUAGCAGAUUAUGAAAUUUUAAAAGUGCUUCCAUUUGAUUCUAGUCGAAAAUGCAUGUCUAUCGUUGUCAGAGCUCCCAUUACUAAUGAAAUCAUAGUCUAUUGUAAAGGUGCGGAUUCCGCGAUUUUUCCAAGGCUGGUUAAUCCCCGAGCUGAAAGUGCGACCGAGGCUCAAGUAAAUAUGUACGCCUCCCAAGGUCUCAGAGUAUUAGUUAUAGCAUCUCGUAUUAUAUCAGAACUUUUGUGGGCUGAGUUAAACGCUGCCAUCGAAGCGGCAGAAAUAUCAAACAUUCCUGGAAAUAUUCGACAAGCAUAUUCUGCCGUAGAGUGCAAUUUGACAUUAAUGGGUGCUACUGGUAUUGAAGAUAAAUUAGAAAGUGGGGUCCCUGAAACGCUGAAAGCAUUGAGGGAAGCUGGGGUAGUUGUUUGGGUGUUAACCGGUGACAAGAUAGAAACGGCCACUAACGUAGCUCUCGCUUCCGGAUUGUUUACUCCGCAAGUAGAUGCGCUGAGGUUGGCUGCUCGUUCUAAACAUUCCGCCCAAGCUGCUAUACAGUUCUAUAUAGCUGAGCAAGACCGACCAACCAGAAGUAAUAGUGCUGUCAGUGGAAGAUCUGGAAGAAGUAAUCGGCAAAAGGCAGUCAUUGUAGAUGGAAAAACUUUGACAUUUAUUUUAGAUCCUCGCUCCAAUUUGACUCGGCCUUUUCUCCAGCUGACCAAAUAUUGUACUGCAGUUUUAUGUUGUCGGGUCACUCCGUUACAGAAGGCUUAUAUCGUGAGAGUUGUGAAGGAACAACUUAAAAUGAGAACUCUUGCUAUAGGUGAUGGUGCUAACGACGUUUCGAUGAUACAAGCCGCAGAUGUCGGUAUUGGUAUAUCAGGUUGCGAAGGUAUCCAUGCGGUUAUGGCUUCUGAUUUUGCCCUACCUAAAUUUAGGAUUCUUCAUAAACUUUUACUCGUCCAUGGCCAUUGGGCUUAUCAUCGAUUGGCCAACAUGGUCUUGUACUUUUUCUACAAGAAUGUUACAUUUGUCUUUUUGAUAUUUUGGUAUCAGCUCUACUGUGGAUUUUCAGGAACUGUAAUGAUUGACCAAAUGUGUUUUAUGUUGUAUAACCUGUUUUUCACAUCAUUGCCUCCUCUUGCUAUUGGUGUUUAUGAUAAAGAUGCUCCAGAAAAGUUACUUCUGUCAAGGCCUCAUUUGUAUAAAUCAGGGAGACUCAGCCUUGCGUAUAAAGCUCAUCUAUUUUGGAUCACCAUAGCUGAUGCCAUUUAUCAAAGUUUGGUUAUAUUUUUCGUCUGUAUUGCUGCAUAUACUGAAACAGAAAUUGGAAUUUGGGAAUUCGGAUCAACGAUUACAACUGCAUGCCUUUUGGCCAUGAUUCUUCAAGCUAUGAUAGUUACUAAAUCAUGGACUAUUUUACAUAUUGCCUCAAUUUUUGUUUCUGUAAGUGCCUACUUUUUAUUCUUUGUGAGCUACAACUUCGUCUGCAUGCAAUGCUAUGGGCUUUCAUCAAAUACAUGGGUCUUAAGGAACACUAUUUUAGAUCCAACAUUCUAUUUUGUCAUAAUUUUCUCAUCUAUAACUGCAGUUUUACCAAGGUAUGCAUAUCAUUGUUUGGAGCAAAUCAUGUGGCCUAGUGAAAUACAACGGGCAGUUAAUGAAUUUAAAAUGCAGCCUCCUAAAGAUGAAAACUUUCUUGUAUCUUGGUCUAGAUCUACCUCAACAUCAUCCAUCUACAGAACUGAAUACGCCAGCAAAACACCAACAACUCUCACAGCUAUUGGUUGA